AUCACCAAUACUAGAUAUGAUUCCAUAUCCAUUUGGUGUUAGACUUGCUGCCCUUGCUUCCUGCAAAGGACUCAUAGAUUUGGAGAAAUGGUUGAGCAGUAACUUGAACGCAUAUAAAGAUGCAUUCUAUGAGGAAUGCAUUAAGUUCUUGAAGGAGGUGCAUCUUGCUGCUCAAGUUGUUACUUCCAACCACUUCUGUUCUCCCAAUGCUCUUAGGACUAUUUAUUUGGAAACUUCUUCAACAUUCUUAAAGGUCCUCCAGUCUCAUUCUGGCCUAGUUUCUUCACCCCACUUAUCUGUGGAAAUGGAUAAGUUGCACGUAACAUACAUGGGAACUAAUUCACGGUUUAAGAGUUCUGGUUCUGCUGAUUUGUCAUCAUCUGAUUAUUAUUCUGAAGAUAUUGAAGCAGAAGCAAACUUGUACUUCCAUCAACUUUUCUCUGGUCAGGUGACUAAUGAUGCAAUGAUUCGAAUGCUUGCUCAUUUGAAAGCAUCGACUGAAAAGAGGGAACAAGCAAUUUUCCGCUGCAUGAUCGUUAAGCUGUUAACUGAAUCUUUUGCCAAGUACCCUGUGAGGCAACUCCAAAUGUCUGCUGUACUCUUUGGAUCACUUAUUAAGAAUCAGCCCAUAACUGAUCAUACGCUUGGGAUUGCUUUGCUGGCCGUCUUGGAUGCAUUGCACGAGUGUCUUUUUUCAAAUAUGUUUGUUUUUGGUGUUGGAGCACUGGCACAAUUUGUUGACCGUCUGACUGAAUGGCCUUAUUAUGGCAGCCUUAUCGUGAAAAUAUGGCUUCUGCGUGAAAUGCAUUCAGAUUUGGUUGUGCUCAUUGAGCAAGCUCUUGCUAGGACUUCACAGGCACAUGCAGGCCAUUGUCCUGCUGUAGACGAAGUACAUCAAGCAGAAGCAAGCUUGUAUUUCACUCAGUUGUUCUCUGGUCAGCUGACUAAUGAUGAAAUGAUUGGAAUGCUUGCUCUCUUUAAAGAAUCAACUGAUAACAGGGAACGAGCAAUUUUUAGUUGCAUGAUUGUUAUGCUGUUCAGUGAAUUCAAACUGUUCGCCCAUUUCUCAAUGAGGAUAAUCAAAAUUUACGCUGUUUUUACAGGGUCUCUUAUCAAGAAUCAACUUCUAACUAAUCAUAUUCUUGAUAUUGCUUUGCAAAAUGUCUUGGAUUCAUUGCGCGAACCUGCUGAUUCAAAGUUUGUUGACCGUGUGAUUGAAUGGCAACAAUACUGCAAUCGGAUUGUGCAAAUAUCUCAUGUAUGUUCAAGUCAUCCAGAGCUUGUUGCAUUUGUCGAGCGUGGACUUUCAAGAGUUUCACAGGCACAUGCAAGUCAGAGUUCUGCUGGUGAUCGUUAUUAUGCUAAUGAUAUUGAAGCAGAAGCAACCUUGCACUUCCAGAAAAUGUUCUCUGGUCAGCUGACUAGUGAUUCAGUGAUUCAAAUGCUUGCUCAAUUCAAAGGAUCAACAGAUAAUAGGUCACUUUGUUUACCAGACUUUCAUCUUACAGAUUAUGCAGCAGUUUGA